AUGGAGGAGGAAAAAAAACCCUGGAGAUCCUUCACAAAAAGGAGGGGCUGCAAACCUAGCCCAGGGAGCUGCGAGGAGGAAAGACCCUCCCUGUCCCCAGAAGGUGGCCGGAGAUCCAGGCAGAGCUCAGAACUGGUGGAGAAGCCUCAUGGAGGAGAGAAGCCCCACAAGUGCUUGGAAUGUGGGAAGGAUUUCAGCUGGAGCUCUGACCUGAUCCGGCACCACAGGGUCCACACUGGGGAGAAGUCCCACAAGUGCAGGGAAUGUGGGAAGUGAUUCAGCCACAGCUCAAAUCUGGUCCGGCAUCAGAGAAUCCACAGAGGGGAACGGCCCUGUGAGUGUGGGAAAUGUGGGAAGAGUUUCUGCACAAUAUCUGAUCUGCUGCAGCACCAGGUGAUCCACACUGGAGAACGGCCCUACACCUCCUUGGAAUGUGGGAAGAACUUUGGGUGGAACUCAACCCUGAGAAAACACCAGCUCAUCCACACUGGGGAGAGGCCCUACAAGUGUCCUGAGUGUGGGAAGAGGUUCCAGACCAGCUCCACUCUCCUCAGACAUGAGCGGAUUCACGCAGAGGAGAGGCCCUUCCCCUGCCCUGACUGCAGGAAGGGAUUCAAGUGCAACUCCCAUCUCAUCAGACACCAGCGCAUCCACACACUGAAGAGGCCCUAAGAGUGUCCUGAGUGUGGGAAAAGUUUCUCAGACAGCUCAGCCUUGACCAAACACCAAUGGAGGCACCACUAA